AUGUCUGACUCAGAAGAAGCACACAAAAGCUUUAUGUCCAUGUUAAAUAAUCCUAUCAUCAAUCCUGGACCACCCCAGUUACCAAAAUCAACAUCAGAAGGAGAGCCUCGUAUCAAACCAUGCCCAUUUGUUGAAGUAGAAGAAGCUAAAGAAUUAUUAACAAAGGCAUCCGAGGAUGUCUAUCUUCACACCGAGUCUGACGAAGGGUUUAGAUGGAUAGAUGCACCCACAACAGAUAACUUGUUACCGUCAUCCGUAAAUGAAUUGGUAGAAUAUGGAUUACUUAACGUAAAAGAAGCAGAGUCGAAUGUCCUCAAGACACUCUCCUUACAAGAAUUCUUUGAUACAUACGGUCAUAAUAAUGAUGAUUACAAUAACAUCAUUCAAGGAUUUAAAAAGAUUCAAGAGGAACAGGGACGAAAGAGUGAAGAUAGUAAAGUGUUUUUAAUAGGAGAAAGGGCCAUUACAGUCUUGAUUUUAUGUAUUGUACAGGAUAAACCAGGAGCAAAAGCGGCGAUUAUUGGUUUAAAGAGUUUACUAGUACAGACUUGA